AUGAUUAUAAAAAAACAUUUUACACGUUCUCACAAAAACAAUACUACCAGUAUUACUUCUAACUCUUUAGAACUAUCAAAUGAGAGUGACACUGAAUUAUUUGAUACACAAUUUACAAGUCAAGUGUCUGAUGAUAGCACAACUUCAUCAAACUAUUUUCCACUGUCUGAUCCUCAAGAACAAUGUAAAAACAAUAAAUUAUAUCAAACAAAAAAUUUUAAGCAAACUACUUUAGAUUAUGCUUUACAAGUUCCCGAUAUUGAAGACAUAUUAAAUAAGCAAGUCCUAUGUGAAAUAAUUAUGAUUAAUUUAGAUAGGCACGAAGAAAACUGUAAUAAAAUUUAUAGCAUUUCAACAUCAACUACACAUCUUGGCGAAUAUUUAAAUACAGUGUAUCGGAUUUUUUCUUCACAACAAUAUAAAAAAAACCCCAAAGGGCAAACAGUAGUUGAGUCAGAUACAUGGAUAGUUGAGGAUUGCCAAGCUUUAACAGUCGUGAAGGAACAAAAAUUUCAGCAAUUUUGUCAUGAAAUGGAUCCUUGGUUUAAAAUUCCUGGACUAGCAUUAAUUAAAAAAAAAAUUCAAGAAUCUGUUCUUUUUGCUGAAAGUCAGCUACGUGAUUUUAUAAAAAAUACAAUGGAAACGUUUUCAUUUACAACAGAUAUGUGGACUAGCAUGUAUUGUCCUUAUGUUGGUAACAUACGUGACAAAUUAAUUGGAGAAACAACUGAUAAUGACAAAUUAAUUGUCAAAGAAAUAAGACUUCUUGGAGUUCCCCAUAUUCGCUAUACUGCACAUACCAUUCAGCUAGCUAUUAAAAAUGGGCUUAAUACUUGUGAUGAUCUUUUAUCUAAAGUUAUGAAAUUAAAUAAUUG